CUUCCCUUUUUAUUUUAGUAUUUAAAAUGAAAUUGAAACAAAUAAAUAAAAAGUAAAAAUAUACAGAAAGAUGAAGUUCAUGCCAGUUUUAUCAGAUGAUCUUCUAAAAGAUGUUGAUAAAGUCGAGGUUUAUGUCGCCACCAUCAAGAAUAAGUUGCAGACAAAUCAAGUACUGGAGUUGUUGAAAGACAUAUACCCACUGAAAUCAGUUGCUCACCUGAAACGUAUUAAAUCAAAUAAAGAGAAGCAGUGUUUAAAUGUCAUCAUUUGUUUGACUUCAGAAGUUGAUGGUAUAAAUGUUCUUGAAUCAAACAGUGAAUUAAGCAAGGUAUUGCAAAACUUUAAAAGAGAGUUUGUGUCUCUUACAAAACCUCUUACAAGAAAGCAAUUUGAACAAGCUUCAAAAUUAUGGCCAACCAGUUUUCAUGAAGAUAAAGAAAUAAAAAAACUUGUAAGUGGAGCUAUCUUAACAUCUGACGAGAUGAAACAGAGUGCUGUGUACAUGCAACUAGCAGAAUCUGUAGCAAUCCAAUCCAAAGAGGACACAUCUGCCACGGUUAUUAUAGAUCCAACAUGCAACACGAUAUUGGCAUGUGCUUGUGAUUGUAGUCAUGUACACGACCCGCUCCAUCAUUCGGCUAUGGUUGCUAUAGAUAUGGUUGCUACGUUACAAGGCGGAGGCGCAUACACAGCAUUACGAUAUAAAGAAACAACAGAGGGAUAUUUAAUAGUCGAUGGUGCUCAUUUAUACUCUGGAAUGACAUACGAACAGACUUCUACCCCACCAAGCAGGAUAGUCACUAAGAGACACGAUGGAUAUUUAUGUACAGGGUACGACGUGUACACAACACACGAACCAUGUGUUAUGUGCUGUAUGGCACUUCUCCAUUCUCGUGUACGCAGAGUGUUUUUCAAGCAUGUUAACCUGUCCGCAGGUGGUUUUGGAAGCGUGUAUAAAAUACACUGCGAAGAAGGGUUAAAUCAUCAUUUUGAGGUAUUUAGGAAUGUCAGUCACAAACGUCCACAUCUUGAAGUUUAAAAAUAUUUAAAAAAGCUGCUAAAACAUAAUAUUAAAAGGAGUACACAGAAUGGAGUGAUAUAAACACCGAUCGGUACGAACACAGAUCGAUACGAAUACAGAUAGAUACAAACACAGAUCGAUACGAACAUGGAUCGACACAUCCGAUACGUACACACAUCGACUUGAACACGGUCUCAGGUCGCUAGAAACACGUACGUCUAUUUACGAAACGAUUGUAAGUGUCAAUGACAAUCGAGCUUGUUCCGGGACAAAGCCAUUAAAAUAUUUUAUGAUUAAGAAGAGAAAGGAAUUCAAAAACGAAUAUGAAACAUACUGUUUCUGAGUUACAGUUAUUUUUCUUACACUGUUUGGUUGAUGUUCAUCCCGCUAUCAAUGAUACAAUUGAUUGGUUGGUAUUUUGUUUCUAUCUUUCCUGAGUUCUUAUAAGUAAAUGUUUUCAAUAUUUGUAACUGUAAUUAUUUUGAUUGACUGCAAGUCCACUU